GUCCAAAGGAGCCAACGCAAGGCGUCCAGUCAGCAUUGGCGCGAUCUCUUGCCGCGUCCUACAAGGUUUACAAUAUUUAGCCUAUACCAGCACAAAAAAUGAUGAAAUUACAAGCGUGGUACCUGACGCCUUGUAAAACUAGCACUGCCGCUUCGUCCAGGGCCCCGCCUACACAAUAUUUAAAUAAGCAAUUUCAGCGGCAGACCUGCUUCAGAUAUUCCUGUGGUCCUGGCUAACGCGUUGAGGUCCGGGUGUGAAAAUUCUGCAACUUAAAAUUUACACGCGGCAGUUUGACUGCGCAAAAGGUUGAAACAACACACAUUUUGUCUGGAUAUUAUUUCUUGUUUUGUUUUUAAAUUAUUUAUUUUGAAACUUAUUAUUUAUUUGCUUUGUUUUUUAAAUAAUUUAUUUAAAAUUUUUUAAUUACAUUUUUUGUUUGUUUGUUUGUUUUUGGAGUUUUCCCCUGGGAUUUGAACUUUUUCCAGGUGGUUUUGAAACCCCCUCCUUCCCGGGGGUGUGAGAAGUUGUCCCGCGAUGCGAUCGUUUUUCCCGGUUACUAUGUGUUGCAUCAGCCUGUUCUCCCUUCACCAGCAAUUACUGGCUCUGCCGACGGGUGGACGCCUCGAAAGGAACAGGCUGGCCCUCCUGAAGAGGAUUGAGGAGCUCAGUGGGGGUGAGAACGCCCCGGCGAGGUCCGGCGCCCCAGCCUCCCCUCACCUCGCCCUGGAGGUCAGGCGCGAAUGGUGGAAGCGCCGCCUCUCCAAGGCCCCUCCCACGAGACAGGAAGGCCCGGUUUCCAUGCCAACCGACCCCUUCCAAGCCCUGUCCGGCCAGAGGGCGUCCAGAGGUCGUCGCCAUGCCCACCACGGGGCGAGGGGUCACCACCACCCGCAGCUGAUGCGCGUGGGCUGUGUCCUUGGCACCUGCCAGGUACAGAACCUUAGCCACCGGCUCUAUCAGCUGAUUGGUCAGAGUGGCCGGGAAGACUCCUCCCCCAUAAACCCGCAUAGUCCGCACAGUUACGGAUGAGCGGAGGAAGAGGCCGGUCCCAAACCUGAGCAGGCAUGGAAAACAGCGAACGCUACGUUACUUUAAAUCCUGUUAUCGCAGAUAGCUCUCAUGUACUCAAGACUCAAAGAUCAGCACGGCCUACAGAUCUUGUCUCGCCUUCAGCUUAAAUUGCAUCGCCAGUUCUUUUUCUGUGCCUUAUUCACCAGCAGACGCAUCAUCAGCAAUGGUGCAUAUGUCCCUUAGGAAGCCACUUUGGGUGCUUGAUUUGUGCAGGCGGAGACGAUAGCCGGUUAUCCCCCCCCCCCCCAGACUCUUUCUGGGACCUGUACAGCACCUAUGUGACCAGCAGGCCUUGCUCAGCCAAUCAGAGGCAGGGAGACACUUUAGCUUCAUGUCCUAAUCCUGUUAAUGUGAGAAUACAGGCGGGUUCAUAGGUUCUCAUCACAACCGCAGAGCGAGACCCCAUUUAUCUGUACAGUAAUAUGCCAAACACCCGCUGUGCUGAAAACAGCCAGCCAGCUGAACCUGGGGAUUUCAGUCAGCUUCCGCACCACUGAUCAAACAUGCCACCCUUUAAUGUGGCUUUAAACCAGAGUGCCUUCAGUUCUUGGACCUGUGAACUCCAGAGGGCUGACUGAGGUUGCAUGCACCUCCCUCCUCUGCCCCCUUCCAAAAAAAAAAACAAAAAGGAUCUGCCAAGUUAAACUGAGAUUUAUGCUUGACAAGUGGACCUGGUUCAUAGGCCACCAGGUUCUACCAGCCGCCUGAAAGCCUCCCCUAUGGUCAUGUGAGCCGCUCCAGCAAGCUCUUAAGUACACGAGGGGGGGUCACCACUGUCGGCACUCUGGGGGGGGGGGGGGGGCAUAGCUCACCCGUGAUUACUGUAAUUGGGCCUCAAGGAAAGUGCUGAGAUUUUGGCGAAGUCCUGGCUGGCUUUCAUACCCAGUGAUGCGGGGGUGAGGGAUAUUCUGAACCCGCCGCUCAGGGGAUGGGAAUCUGGGCCUAGCGGAGUCAUCGGGCUAAUGAGAGCAUCAGGGAACAUUUCCAUCAUGGCGCAGAGAGCUCACCUUCCCCAGAUUCAGUUACAUCUCUCCAGCUUUGAGGGACGUUAACAUGCUGGGCAUUUCUGAAUUCGGUGCUGCAAUGUUGCAGCAGCAAUCCUCUCAUUUAGAUCUACUGUUAAAAAGUCAGAAAGGAAGGCUUAUUCAAACUUCAUUUGAUUUCACCCGACAGAAACUGUUCCUGGAAAUGUAGAGAUUCCAUUUAGAAUCAGAAUGGCUGGUGUCACGGCAACUGAAAAGAAAGUUCCGUACAACACCAAAUCUGAAUCUAUAUUCAUGCAAAAACACUGUCUGACACAAUCUCCAGAGUCUGUUGACUCAUUCUGGGAGAAAGUUAAAGAUAAUGUUUAAAAAGCCAAGUGGUUUAUAAAUUUGAUUCUGAAUUCUAUUCCAGGGAAAUUUAAUAAAUCAACCAUCAUACAUUCCAAUUUUUCACCACUGAGUAACAGUUUUCUCCAGUGCCUGAGCUGGAAUGGGUACACAAGUGCCUUGUGUAAGCCUUCCACAACCAAAUGCAGGUCAAACACCACUGAAACCCUCAGAGUUCCGAUUAGUGGAAAGAUUCGAGUUACGAUUCUAUUGAAACUUCAGUUUUGUUAGCUGUUUAUAUUUAAAAAAGUGACAACUGAAAUUAAUAUCCUUGGGAAAGUCACCCUAUCACAAUUACUGGGGCAGACUUUAAUGGGGAAGCACUAUUAUCUGCAUAAUGUGAGAUUUUAAAUAUGACGGACAUGCAGAGGAAUGGAACUUGAACGCAAUUCCAUCUCUCUAGACAGACACGUGAGGGUCAGGCCCUACAUAUAAUUAGUGCCUUCAUCCAGCAGGACUUGGCUCAUGAAUGCCUUACAAUGAAAAUGACAGUGCAACACAAAACAUGACAAUUUGAGGAUUGCUAACUCAGUAGUCGUGAGGAUUACUCAGAUUCAAAAUAUGGGACGAAAUUACUGUUCCCAGCUGCAGAUAAAUAAACAGAUUAUAUUUGACAGUCCUUUUUCUGUAAUCUUAAAAUACCAAGUGGCCUUAAGACAAAUUCUUGAAUUUUUUCUGGAGUUUAAAACCAGCCGUUUCUCAUCGCCAAACUUGCCAGAUCGGUAUUCUGACUGUUACGAUGUUACAGUUCUGGCCAAAACAAUAACAAUAUUCGAUUGGUCCUCCCAGUUGUAUAUUUUAAUUCUUAAAGAAUACUACUCUGGGAUCAGGCCGCAACAAAAAAACUAUAAUCCUAAGUGGUACUCUGUUUAUUGUUAUUAAACAUAACUUUUUUCUUAAUUAUUUAUCUUUCUCUUAUGAAUUAUGCACAAUGGCAAUUGCAAUAGAAUGAAUAUAAUCUGGAUUUAUUAUAAUCUGCCUCUGGUUUAACUCUACCUGUCCUAUAGACCUGCAUGCUAGGUGGUUUCAAUAUGCUGUACUAUGGAUAAAAUCACCACUGAAAAUUAAAAUGCUUUCAAAUGCUGAAAACCUGUUGGUUUUUGUAUUUUAUGGAUUUACGGCUCUCCAGGUAGAGCAAGAGCAGGCCUGCCACAUAGACUGCUUUUCUGAGUCGCGGGCGGUGUGAAUUACUGGGGAUGGUCACGCAUAAACGUCGUGUCACCAAAAAGGCCCUUACAAUUCUCAGCACUGACUGAUGUACCUUAAAUACGCUGUACUGUAGAGUGAGUGACCUUACAAUCUCUCCUCGCGCGCGCGCGUGUGUGUGUGUGUGUGUGGCAGUUCUGUUAUCGCGUGAUUGUUAACUGUAGUUGUGGCACGGCUGAACUGUGCUGAGACAGGUUUAGGAGCAGUCACUCCCCUCUGCUAGAAUGUGCUGCUGCUGAAUAAGAGAACCCUGUUUCCCCGGUGAUGUCCUGGUCCAUUUAUGCACAGCCACUGGUCUUUCUUAUUCAGAGCCAUGCUGAUGGUCUCCUGAUAAAUAGAUGGGAACAAAACAACGGUGAAUCAACGGUUUCACCUUUGUUGGAGGUGCUGGACCAAAACCAUAGCUUGACUAAAACACUGGUGAGCUAGGGGUGACCCUAACACUGACUGAUGGAACAGACCUUUAGUAAUGACAUCAGAGUCUUGGUAUCACAUGAAGGGGCAGGACUGAGGGUGGAGUCUGUAAGUUGUAGUCUGAGUUCUCUGUCUAGUUUAGGGAGCUGCAGCCGGCCCAUGAGUGCUGCAGUGGCCUGCGGAACUCUCCAUGCCCUUGAGCCCCUCUCUUUGCAUUACGUUUCCCACAAUCCCUUGAGAGCUCAUUAGCAUUACGGCAACGAGGCAAAGCACUUUAUUGAGCAAGUACGACUUUUUCUAAGUUCUUCAUGACUUGAAUUUAAGAAUAUGUUAUUUAAUAAUAAAUUAAUUAAACCUUUUGUUUUAUAUAUUGUAUUUUAUGAACAUAUGUAUGAAUGUAUGUUAAGAGGUGUCAGCACACUAUAGUUAUGGGCGACUGAGACAGUGAGUCCACACGAUUUUGUACCCUUGUUUAUAUUUUAGUUGUGAUAUUUAAUAUUUAAUAAGCAUAUUGUGUUUAAGUGAAGGUUGUAUGUGUAUAUUUAUGACACCAAAGAAACUAUUUAUCACAUUUUGUUUUUCUGUAUCUGAGCAGUACAUUGGUAGUAAAGAUUAUGUAGUUUAAUACUAAAUAUUACAGAUAUGCAAGUGUUAGCAUGUGUUGUUAUUAAUCAUGGUCCUCUUUGUAAAAUAAAGAUUUACUGAAAUAGAUAAAA